AUGAAAGCAAUGCAGAUUACCGAGUACGGCGGCCCUGAGGUGCUGAAGUACGUCGACGUGCCAGACCCCGUCGCGGCAGACGGUCAGGCCGUCGUCGACAUUCAGGCAGUCGGCGUGAAUUUCACCGACAUAUACAGCCGCCAGGGCGUGAAUCCUCCCGGCCUCCCAUGGGUGGCCGGCGUCGAAGCAGCCGGUGUCGUCAGGUCAGUCGGGUCUGGUGUGUCCAACGUUUCCGUCGGCGAUGAAGUCGCCUACUGCAGUUUCCCGGGAUCCUAUGCCGAGCGGGCGGCCGUACCCGCCUGGCGUCUGAUCAAAAUGCCCGACGGCCUCUCGGUCCAGGACGGCGCAGCGGCCAUGCUGCAGGGCAUGACGGCGCAUUACCUGUGCCAUGACACCUAUCGGGUUCAGCCCGGCGACCGUGUGCUGGUUCAUUCUGGCGCGGGCGGUGUCGGCCUCCUUCUCAUUCAAAUGUGCAAAAAAUUGGGCGCCUACGUCUACUCCACCGUAUCAACCGAGGCUAAAGCUGAAUUGGCCCGCGGCGCCGGCGCCGACAACGUCAUCCUAUACACCCAGCAGGACUUUGCCGCUGAGAUAGCGAAGGCAACCGAUGGCCCCGGUUUGCAAGCUGUAUUCGACGCCGUUGGCAAGGACACCUUCGAUCAGAGCGUGGCCAGCCUGGCGCCCCGCGGUUAUAUGGUUCUUUACGGACAGGCCAGCGGCCCCGUGCCACCGGUCGACGCCCGAGUCCUCGGCAACGGUUCCAAGUACCUCACCAGGCCCGGCCUCGGUGAUUACACCGCCAACCGCGAGGAACUUGAGAAGCGGGCCGGAGCCGUUCUCGGAUGGGUCAAAUCAGGCGAGCUUAAAUUGCGCGUGGAGCAUAGCUUCGCUUUGUCCGACGCGGCCGAAGCUCACCGCCAACUGGCUUCCCGCGCCACCACCGGCAAGGUAAUCCUUACUCCCUGA